AAAAUUUUCAAUGUGAAGAGCAAUGACAGAUAUUACAAACGAUGAUUUGAGUUACUGGUUUGGAUGUCAGUUGAUUUUGACUAUUUCUUUCAUUGUAGCAACUUACAGAAAGUUCAACCUUGAUGGAAAUACGAAAUUACAGGUGGUUGUUAGUGCUCCUACUUCAGGUUCUGUAUCAGAAAUAGAUAUGCAGGUCACUAAUACUAGUGGCACCUUAGUUCUUCACUGGGGUGGGAUACAAAUUGGAAAAGAGUAAGUACACUUGUAAAUAUAAUGAUUUGCUUUGAUUCAAGUUUUGAGCUAUAGCAUUAAAAUGUUUUAUGUUACUUUUGUCAUUUUUUCACGCAGU